AUGACACACCCAGAGUCUCCAAUUCUGAAACUUUCAUCACGGGCUUAUUCUCGACCUUCUACUCCCGGAGCUUCUUUUCUUCACACAAUAUCUUUGAGUAGGUCUACCAAAUACUUCUCAAAUACAACAGAGAUCACUAAAAACCUCACACCAAAUGCCUUAGCUUCAUUCCCACCUUCUUCGAUGGGAAUCCACGGAACCGGAGGACCAGAGCCGGUAUCGAGAUCUAAAACUUCAUUGACACUAUCACUUUCCGAGGAAGAAACGUUUGGUCAUCCUAGUAUCGACCUACCAGGCUUGAACACAGUCAGAGAUUCUGGAUUUGGUUUUAGUGCUGGGUUAAGAACAUCAAGGAUCGAAGAGAGAAGAUCGAUUGUUGUUGCGAAAGAGGUGGAAGGAGACGGAGAGGAAAGCUUCAGAGAUGUGAAUUUGUAUGUCCAUGAACGGCAAACUGAACAGAGAGGACAUGAAUUGGGACUAGAUGGAGAUGAAUCAGAGGCAGUGAAGGAUAGAAGAAUUGCAGAGAUGCUUGAUCGACAGGCAGAUGAGGAGAAGGGAAAAAGUCAAAGAUUCUUUGGUCGAUUGAAAGAUAUUUGGGGAAGUGUUUCAAGAAAGCUGUGUUGUUCGUAA